AUGGCAUCUGAGGCUUUGGAUGGCGUUCUUGGUACGGGCGGGGUCCCUACCCAGGCUCAGGAUUUAGCUCCGUGCAUUAUAUUCACGAUAGCAUACGCCUGCCUAAUCCCUCAUGCGACACUUCGACUGGCGAAUAAGGCGUCCCGCUCCACUCUGCUCAUCGGGCCGGCCAUAUUUAUUCCCGUUCGGAUAGUGACGUUCAUCUUGAGAGCUGUGCAGGCGACUGGAAACGACUCACUUGCCGUUUUCAUUGUCAUUCAAAUAUUUCUAAUAGCUGGAUUCGCGAUUAUAUGCGACCCCAUCGUGGCGUUGUUCGAAUACCACAUCACACGAACGCAUGCCAAUCCUAAUGAAGGCUUAUGGACCCAGCGAGCGAUUCGAAUACUCAGGCUUUCACUUUGGGCCACAUUCAUACUUGCCAUCGUUUCUGGUGCCAGAACUAGCGGCGCAGUAUCCGACCCAGAAAAAGCCGAAUACCUACACAAGCUGCGUAAUGUCAAUGGCGGAAUGUGCUUAGCAAUUGUCCUCUCCAUUAUUUUCGUCACUCUCAUCGCCCAUGUCCACAAGAACCUCCCUAACCGAGCAACCGCUUUGCUCGUAUUUCUGGCCGGGUGUCUUCUCGUGACGGCCUCAUAUCGCAUGUCGACGAUUCAUCAUUCGUUCCCUCCAUUUGCAAUCAAGACGAAAGUCGCGUUUUAUGUGCUGUUGGUGUUGCCAGAGUGGCUAGCGACUGGGGCAUUGUUUUUGUUUCCUAUCAGGGAGAUGUUUGCGGAAGAUUUCGCCAAGCAGAAGAGACGAGAUUGGAACAAAGAAGAACAUAUCCCGCUGGAAGGGGGUGAUUCAAGUUCCAGGUCAGCUUAG